GACUUAAACAUGGAUUCAUUCAUUAAAGUAAAAAGUGUGACAACUUCCCCAUAGGGAAGUUAUUUCUGGCAAUUUUCAGAAUAUAGUCCUAAAGUAGGCUAACACUGUCCUACAUCUCUACAACUGUCCUCUGUCUCACCUUCUCGUGAAAUGUUUGCGGCAGUAACCGAUGACUGACCUCCAGGACCGGAGCUGCAGGAUCUCAGCACUGCCCCUCCAAUCAAAUCUGGGCAGCGUCCCAAGGUGCAAAAUAACAGCAUACAUUGCGACGGAAGGAAAGAGGGUGGAGAGAGCAAUGUGGACUCACGGGCAGAGAUAGCUAAUGCACCGACCGAGCCAUCCCGACUCGACGGUCCCUGGGACACAUUUAAGGACGAAGGAUGUCAGUGGCCGGGUUUAAGAAACAGUUUCACAAAGCUAGUCAGUUGCUAAAAGAAAAGAUCAAUGGCGUUGAAGGAACAAAACUGGAUGAGGAGUUCCUCAGCAUGGAAAGGAAAACUGAAAUUACCCACAAACUCAUUCUUGAUAUUGUUCCAAAAACGAUUGGAUAUCUUCAGCCGAACCCAGCUUACAGGGCGAAGCUCAGCAUGCUCAGCACGGUGUCUAGAAUUCGUGGACAUGUGAAGGCAGUGGGUUACCCUCAGACAGAGGGCAUUCUGGGAGACUGCAUGCUGCAAUACGGCAGUGAGCUUGGAGCUGAAUCUGGCUUUGGUUUUGCUUUGCUUGAAAUGGGAGAGGCGUUGAAACAAGUCGCCCAGGCCAGAGACUGUAUGGACGUCCGAGUGAAACGAGCCUUCAUCGAUCCUCUGCAAUCCCUUCAGCAGAAAGAACUGAAGGAAAUUGGGUUUCAUCUGAGAAAACUUGAAGGUCGGCGUCUGGAUUUUGAUUACAAGAAGAGACGUAAAGGAAAGAUUGCAGACUCUGAAAUUAAGAAAGCGUUCGACAAGUUUGAAGAAUCCAAAGAAAUGGCUGAAAGAUGCAUGUUUAAUCUCUUAGAGAAAGAUGUCCAGCGGAUGCAGCACCUCUCAGGUCUUUUAGAAGCAGUAAUAGACUAUCAUCGCCAGUCAAGUCAGAUUCUGGAAAACCUCAGGAGUAAUUUACAGACCAAGAUAAGAGACGCAAGCAAUAAGCCCAAAAGGGAAUUUGCAUCUAAAUCAGUUGCGAGCACAGUGUGCUAUUCGGAUAUUUAUGGAUUUUCCACAUGCUCAUCCGGACCGUCAUCAGAUGCUCCGGUUGUGGUUCACCGUCCUGAACAAGUCACCAUUAAAACUCCAACAACAGACAAACCAGCAAGCAUCAAUGAUAGAGCUCCCCCCCUGGAUCAGCCCUGCUGUCAGGCACUGUACAGUUUCCAGGCAGAAAACCAGGGCGAGCUGGGCUUUAAAGAGGGCGACAUCAUCAUUCUGACCAGCCAGAUAGAUGAGAACUGGUAUGAGGGGAUGAUCAGAGGCCAGUCUGGCUUAUUUCCCAUGAACUACGUCAAAGUCCUUGUACCUCUGCCACAGUGACGACCACAGGACACAGCUGGAUAACAUGAACAUUAAGAAGCUCUGAUUAUGUGAUAAUAAGGUUAAUAUGUGAAGCACUUCUGAGCCCUUGCUGUAUAUUUAUCUGUAUUAUUACUAUGCAAAGUUACGUAUCCUGCCUUUUUGGUUAUUUUUUACGAAUCUUUCAAGAUGUUAAAUAGUUACACUGCUGUAUUAACGUCUUAAGCAUUUAAUAGCAUCCAAACACAAAUUCCUUCUCAGGACGGAUCCUGUCUAUCCAUAUUGAUCAUCCAGUCCUUUGUCUUUAUCAAAAAUAAGUCCUAGUGGGCACUGCAUUAAUACGCUGCCGUUUAUAUCCAUUGUUUUUGCUAGGAAUGUUGGAUCAUUUACUGGUUAUUAACAAGCACUGCAGUCUUAUGAACUGUCUCCGAUGUGUUUAUUAAAGGAAUAGUUCACUCAAAAAAUCCUGUUCAAUUUCUCACUCUCUGACCAUCCAAGAUGGAGGUCACAGUUUUAAGUAGACCAUUAAAAAAAUUCAAGCUGAAAUUGUGCUCUUUUGUCAUUCUUAAAAUGCCAACAACUGCUGCCAGUACUUUAAGAGUAAAACAACAAAACAUAUACAGGCAAAACUAAAUAAAUGCCCAUGAUCUUGAAGAUACAUUUGAGCUGAAAUGAGUGGACAAAUGUUAAUGUAUAUUCACUUUCAAGCUCACAUGUGAGCUAACACUAUUUGUUCACCACAAUUUUAUGUAAGUUGCAGCAUACAUAAUAAACACGAGGAAAAAUA